CGCUAUUUUGCCAAACACGCCCAAAAUCUAAAAAUACGGUCAUCUUCAACGAUUUUACAGAUCCUGGUUCCAAGUUAAACACAUGCGAUCGAUUACAUAUAUAAGUGGUAGAGAGAGAGAGAGGCCAUCGGAAGUUGAAAAGCUAAUUAGGUCUAGAAGAUUCGUCGAAAAGGAAAACACAUAGAAUGGGGCGGAAGAAGCUCGAAAUGAAGCGGAUCGAAGAUAAGAGUAGCAGGUUAGUGACGUUUUCGAAGCGGAGAGUGGGAUUGAUUAAGAAAGCACGGCAUCUUUCCGUGCUCUGCGACGUCGAUGUCGCCGUCAUCGUGUUCUCCGCCCGCGGCAAGCUCUAUGAAUCCUGCACCGGCAGUACUAGCAGGAUGGAACAUAUUCUUUCUAGAUAUCAGAAAAGCUGCCUUGAAGAGGAGGUAAAGGAAGAGGAGAAAACCUUCCAAGGAGCUGGUGAAGAUUUAUGCAAACGUUUUCAAACAUGUAAAGAGCUUCUACAGACGGUGGACAGGCUUGUUGAAGAGAAAAAUAAUAAUAAUCAUGAGCUCCCUCUGAUUGAGAUUACACAACUAGAAGAAGAUCUUGAUGCUGCUCUUGAGCAAACAAGGUCAAGAAAGGUAAAGACACAGUUGAUGGUGGAGUACAUAUCAACCCUCCAAGAACAGGAAAAGAAGUUGGGUGAAGACAAGGAACAACUGGAGAAGCUGAUUGCAGCAUCAGAAGAAAAGCAGAUCAAGGAAGAAGGGUUGAAGGUCUGAACGACCUUGCAACUAACAAGAUGAAUUCGCCUCAACAUCUCGCUCUCUCUCUUUUUAACGCCUAAAAGUCGCUACCCUUGCUUCCUGUAAAAAAAAAUUAAAAU